AUGACAGGCAUUCAAGAUCUCCAACCCGAGAUUCUGAAGGAGAUCUUCGACUUGGUCAUCGCUGCAGAAGGGUGUUUUCCGGCCAAUCCCGGGACUUCAUCCUUUGAGCAACCGGAUGAUGGCCUAGCAAUCCUUAACUUGGCAUUGACUUGUCGCCGUUUCUCCAGCAUAGUCGAACAGAUCCGCUUCCGAUAUUUGUUCGCAUUCAGCCUUGGCAGCCCUGGACGCCACAACCACAACCGCUACGUAGAACUCGACGACAUAUUCCGACGAAACCCACUCAGCUGCCUCCGGUGUCUCCACGAAGCGCUUCAGCGAAAACCUGAACUGGGUAACCAGUGCCGGGAGUUUGGAGUGUUCAUAGAGAGAGACCAGUUUGCUGAGGGCGAAGAAUUCUUUGGGUGUCUUGAAUACAUCCUUUCCGCCCUUCCAAAUGUGGAAAAGCUUAGAAUUCUCGCCUCUCCCUCGUCAGAUCCGCAGACGUCCAACACAUUGAUUCCUAGAACGUUGGGCCUUGCCAAAGACAUGUCAAGACUGGUCAAGGUUACUAUUACGACAGUGGAUCAUAUAAGGGAACUCGGUCAAUUAUACUCCGUUCAAUGGCCACCGUCAGCGAGGAAAUUGCACGUACGCCUUACGGACCCUUUGGAAAAGGGGGAGGACGGAGAUCAGCAGGUGAGUAAACGCAUGGUUCAGUUUCCAACAACGAGCAUGUUUACUAACGGUAUCAAGAUGCUUCGGGGGGUCGGGCAGGAGUGCAACAUUACAUCACUUUCCAUAACAGGUAUCGAGGACUUGUUUGAUUUACCCAGGGCACUCGAAGGAUUUCCCAACGCCCUCGAGGAAUUGACCUUGCUCUACAAGCGGCAACUCAUGCCACACAUCCCCUUCUCUAUACGUUUCGACGGACACAAGCACAGUCUCCGGGCCCUCAGUCUAGUAUUUUGCUCAUUUGGAUUUCCUGAGACACUCAACCUUUCUGACUGUACGGCUUUGGAACACCUUAGCUUGCACUAUAGGGACUUGAAUCCGCCCUUCCGAUUGCAAUUCGGUGGCGCUGUCACGCAAUUCGCAGCGCACAUUUUGGGUCCCAAACUGAAGAGGCUUACCUGGGUUUUUCAUUACGAGAACAAGCCUGGGCUUCUCGGUAAGCUCUUCGAGUUCCCACAUUCUGUUCGUGAGCUAUUCCUUCGACACUUGGCAAAAGCUGCUGGUCAGAGAGCAGCGGCUUUGGAAGAAAUACAUGUUAUCUGGAUGCCACGAGAUGAAUUUCAAGCACUGGACCCAGAUCCGUUAAAUGCCGUCGUGGUUGAUAAAGUCAAUCUAUCCGAGAAAGUCACGCUUACAUACAGUGCGGCUGGCAUGUCUCAUGAGACCAGGCUUGAGGUUUUCCGCGCACUGCAGGAUCGUGCCUGGACAUAUACGACUUGA